AUGUGUUUCAAAUCUUGCAAGAGUUCUCCACUGCUGAGGCCUACACCACCACUAAACCCUAAAGCUGAAGAAUGGCGCCCAACUAGACUCAACCAUAUUCCCUCUCCUCCUCACAAACUGCUAUGGCAUAUUCCUCCUCAGUCGCACUGCUAUCAAUACCAUCCUGUGCCUUACCUUCAACGCUCUUUGCCUCACUUCAUCUACCACUCUUCUUCCCCCCCGCCGCCACCGAUCCAGGUGAAGAAUGCUUCUGAGAAAUUGGAUUGCUCCAUCGUUAAACAAGGCCUAAAAUCAGGUGUGACUAAGCCACCCAGGAACAAAGAGGCUUCUCUUCUCACUCAUCACUUUUCAUCAUCCUCAUCAAGAACCACUGUUAUGCUGCGAAACAUUCCUAAUCAGUUAAGGAGUAAGGACAAUCUUGGGUAUGCGUUCGUGAAUUUCACAAAGGGUGGAGAUGCUUUGAAGUUCAAGAAAAUAGUUCAGGGUUUCAAAUGGGGGCCUUUGGAAACGGACAAGGGCAUCUUCACAUCUAGGAAAUUUUGUGCCAUAACAUGGGCAAGAAUUCAGGGCAAAGAGAAGCUAGUGAAAAGGUUCGAGAGCUCCACCUUUGGCUGCGACAAUCCGGAAUUCUUGCCGGUGGUGUUCGAUCCACCGCGUGGUGGAUCCAGCGCUACUUCUCCGGUGGUCGUCGGUAGACUGAUCAACCAAGUGAGGAGUUAG